AUGGCCACUCUUCACUACCUCCCCCCGGUUAAGCCCUCGGCCAUUGCCCUUGGCACCGUCUUCAACCACGUCGCCUCCCUCGCUGUGCUGGGCCCCGUCUUCGGCGACGCCUACCGCAAGUCACAAGCCGCCAACAGCUCGGAAGAGUUCUUCAAGUCGAAGGAAACCGCCACCGCCGCUGCCUCGUGGGGUAGUUCGCUCGCCGGCUCCGCCAUCCAGGCCUAUGGCGUCGGUGCUCUCAUCAACGCCACCGGCACGCUGUCCUACAAGGGCGCCGCGUACUUGGGCAGCUUGAUCUUCUUCGCCAGUGCGGCUCCUGCGCUCGUCUCCCAAGUCGUCACCGAGAAGCGCCCGCUCGACACCAUCGCCGUCGGCGCCCUCGCCCGCGUCUUCGAGACCGUCGGCCUCAGCCUAUUCCUCACUUACUGGGGCACCCGCACCAACCCCUUCGAGUAG